AAAGAGAGAGAGAGAGAGAGAGAGAGAAAGAAGACCAGGAAAGAUCCCGAAAGGAGGAAGAGGCGGCGAAAAAUCAACUACCUUGCUGGAUUUGCCUUUCUCUGCACACUGCCGAAGACUUGGAUUUCUUUCUUAAAAAGGCUGGUUUUUAGAAGUCCACGUUUGAGCUCUCUCCUUCCUGCUUCCUCCUUGCUGUGGUGGCUGGGAUGCUUCUCACAUGACUUUUUGAAUCUAGACUGGGCUGUUCUCUGUGUUAAACCAAUCAGUUACGACCUUCUAUUAACAGUGUGAAGUGAGGGGGGUCUUCUCCCUCUUUCCUCCUCCUUCUGUGCUCCACCGCCUUCCUUUUUACCCUACCUUGCGGCGGCUCUGCCCCUUACCUUCAUGGAUGACUCAGAGGUGGAGUCGACCGCCAGCAUCUUGGCCUCUGUGAAGGAACAAGAGGCCCAGUUUGAGAAGCUGACCCGGGCGCUAGAAGAAGAACGGCGCCACGUCUCGGCGCAACUGGAGCGCGUCCGGGUCUCACCACAAGAUGCCAACCCACUCAUGGCCAACGGCACCCUCACCCGCCGGCAUCAGAACGGACGGUUUGUGGGCGAUGCUGACCUUGAGCGACAGAAAUUUUCAGAUUUGAAACUAAACGGACCCCAGGAUCACAGUCACCUUCUGUAUAGCACUAUUCCUAGGAUGCAAGAACCAGGGCAGAUUGUGGAAACCUACACUGAGGAGGACCCUGAGGGAGCCAUGUCUGUGGUAUCUGUGGAAACCUCAGAUGAUGGAACCACCCGGCGCACAGAGACCACGGUCAAGAAAGUAGUGAAGACCGUGACAACAAGGACAGUACAGCCAGUCCCCAUGGGACCAGAUGGGCUGCCUGUGGAUGCCUCAUCCGUUUCUAACAACUAUAUCCAGACUCUGGGUCGUGACUUCCGCAAGAAUGGCAAUGGGGGACCUGUUCCUUACGUAGGGCAAGCAGGCACUGCCACCCUUCCCAGGAACUUCCACUACCCCCCUGAUGGGUAUGGCCGCCACUAUGAAGAUGGUUAUCCGGGUGGCAGUGACAACUAUGGCAGUCUGUCCCGGGUGACCCGAAUAGAGGAGCGGUAUAGGCCCAGCAUGGAAGGUUAUCGGGCACCUAGCAGACAGGAUGUCUAUGGGCCUCAGCCCCAGGUUCGGGUAGGUGGAAGCAGUGUGGAUCUUCAUCGCUUUCAUCCAGAGCCCUACGGGUUAGAGGAUGACCAGCGUAGCAUGGGCUAUGAUGACCUGGAUUAUGGUAUGAUGUCUGAUUAUGGCACUGCUCGGCGGACUGGGACACCCUCGGAUCCUCGCCGACGCUUAAGGAGCUACGAAGACAUGAUUGGUGAGGAGGUGCCCCCAGACCAAUACUAUUGGGCUCCUUUGGCCCAACAUGAACGGGGAAGUUUAGCAAGCUUGGAUAGCCUGCGUAAAGGAGGGCCCCCACCCCCCAAUUGGAGGCAGCCAGAGCUACCAGAAGUGAUAGCCAUGCUAGGAUUCCGCUUAGACGCUGUCAAGUCAAAUGCAGCUGCAUACUUGCAACAUCUAUGCUACCGCAACGACAAGGUGAAGACCGAUGUUCGGAAACUCAAAGGCAUCCCAGUACUGGUGGGUUUGCUAGACCACCCCAAAAAGGAAGUGCAUCUCGGAGCCUGUGGAGCUCUCAAGAAUAUCUCUUUUGGGCGUGACCAGGAUAACAAGAUUGCUAUAAAAAACUGUGAUGGUGUUCCUGCCCUGGUGAGAUUGCUGCGGAAGGCUCGGGACAUGGACCUCACUGAAGUCAUUACUGGAACCCUGUGGAAUCUCUCAUCCCAUGACUCAAUCAAAAUGGAAAUUGUGGACCACGCACUGCAUGCCUUGACAGAUGAAGUGAUCAUUCCACAUUCUGGUUGGGAGCGGGAGCCCAGUGAAGACUGUAAGCCCCGCCAUAUUGAGUGGGAGUCGGUGCUCACCAACACAGCUGGCUGCCUUAGGAAUGUCAGCUCAGAGAGGAGUGAGGCUCGAAGAAAACUUCGGGAAUGUGAUGGGUUAGUGGAUGCCCUCAUUUUCAUCGUUCAGGCUGAGAUCGGACAGAAGGAUUCAGAUAGCAAGUUGGUGGAGAAUUGUGUUUGCCUUCUUCGAAAUUUGUCAUAUCAAGUUCACCGGGAGAUCCCACAGGCAGAACGAUACCAAGAGGCACCUCCUAGUGUUGCCAAUAAUGCGGGACCACAUGCUGCCAGUUGCUUUGGGGCCAAGAAGGGCAAAGAUGAGUGGUUCUCCAGAGGGAAAAAGCCCACAGAAGAUCCAGCAAAUGAUACAGUAGAUUUCCCUAAAAGAACUAGUCCUGCUCGAGGCUAUGAGCUUUUGUUUCAGCCAGAAGUGGUUCGGAUAUAUAUCUCACUCCUCAAGGAGAGCAAGACUCCUGCUAUCUUAGAAGCCUCUGCUGGAGCAAUACAGAACUUGUGUGCUGGACGCUGGACCUAUGGUCGUUACAUACGUUCUGCUCUGCGGCAAGAGAAGGCGCUGUCCGCCAUUGCUGACCUCCUGACCAAUGACCAUGAGCGGGUAGUGAAAGCAGCAUCUGGAGCACUAAGAAAUCUAGCUGUGGAUGCUCGAAACAAAGAAUUAAUUGGUAAACAUGCAAUUCCCAACUUGGUAAAAAAUCUGCCAGGAGGGCAACAAAGUUCUUGCCAGAAUUUCUCUGAGGACACCGUGGUCUCUAUUUUGAAUACUAUUAAUGAGGUUAUUGCUGAGAAUUUGGAAGCUGCCAAAAAGCUUCGUGAGACACAGGGGAUUGAGAAGCUGGUGUUGAUCAAUAAAUCAGGGAACCGCUCAGAAAAAGAAGUUCGAGCAGCAGCACUUGUAUUACAGACAAUCUGGGGGUAUAAAGAACUGCGGAAGCCACUGGAAAAGGAAGGAUGGAAGAAAUCAGACUUUCAGGUGAAUCUAAACAAUGCUACUCGAAGUCAGAGCAGUCAUUCGUAUGAUGAUAGCACUCUUCCUCUCAUCGACCGGAACCAGAAAACAGAUAAGAAGCCUGAUCGGGAAGAAAUACAGAUGAGCAAUAUGGGAUCAAACACAAAAUUGUUAGAUAACAGUUAUUCCACUCUGAAUGAGAGAGACCAUAACAGAACACUGGAUCGAUCUGGGGAUCUCGGUGAUAUGGAGCCACUGAAGGGGGCGCCCCUGAUGCAGGACCAUGGUCAGGAAUCUCUGGAGGAAGAGUUGGAUGUGUUGGUUUUGGAUGAUGAGGGGAACCGAGUGUCUUACCCCCUCAUGGUAUGUCCUCUAGCCGCCCGAGGAGCAUCCUCCAGGAAGGAGGCCCAGUGUGCCAGCUGUUUACCAAUCAUGCUCAUCUGAUCAGGCCAGACGCACUAGUCUCGGCCACAUGGGGCUGGGGGUACUGACUGCUUAUGUGAUUAUUUUACCUGUUAAGAGGCUGGGCCAUGCAACUUGGUGAUCUGGUUCUCCAUUGUAUGCUACUAUUCUCCUUCCAGAUUUGCUCAGUUGUCUUUUGGUUCUCCUUAUUUCCAGUGCCAUUAACAUUUCUUUCUCUUUUUUUCCCCUACAGCAGAAGAUUUAGCAGUGCUAUCUCCAUCUGGGCUUAUAAUAUAUGUAUUUUUAUUUUUUGGUGGUGAGAUGGACUGAUGAUUUUUCCCUUUCUUCGCUGGACUAUUGUGCCAACUGCCAGACUGCCUCCUGCCCUUAGCCCUAAGUGACUGCCUUCAACUCCUACCUUCCUCCAAUGAAGUUAAAUCAUUCCUCUGCCCCCCCCUCAAGAUCCCUAUCAUUGCGCCCAAGAAGCCUGACUCAGUUAUAUGCAUAUUUUGAGAAACUGCUGCAGAUUAGCUGUCUUCCCCCUGCACCCCACCCCAGCUCUCCCUGGAACUCUGGGUCUUGUGUGGAGGGAGGGAGAGAAUGGGACUCUUCACUGGAAACUAGGAAGCAUUGGUUACAUGCUCUAUAUGCAGUGUCCAGCAAUCUGAUAAAAUGCUGAUUCAUAUCAAGACUUUUUUUUUUCCUGGUGGGAAAGGGAAUUCUGUUUUGUUUUUCUGGUUUUUUUUUUCCCCCCCCUGGAUGGAGAAUGGAAGUGUGAGCUCUUCCCUGAUGCCUAUUGAAUAUCUUUGAAGCAAAGAAGAUCAACAGCAUAGGCACAUUCCACCUGGCAAGGGCCCUUGAGUAAGUGAAGGCCUCCUAGGACUGAGAUUAAGAAACCUUGCUUUCCUCAUCUCCAGGGCAGAGACCAUCAAGGACCUCCAAACUCCAUCUCUUUUCCAAGCCUCAUGCCAAUCCUGGGCCGUUGCCACCUUUCACGGAGGCUGUUCUUACCUUUCUUCUCCCAUCCUGUGAUCUGUCUGCUAACUUGGCCUGGUCAUUUGCAAGAUGCUGUAGAAAAGAGAACAUGUCAAGGAAGACCUAUGGGGUGAGGAGGAACAGAAAGCUAUUUUCUGGGAAGAAGAACUGCUAGGAGUUGCUAGUAGGAAUGUACAUGAAUCAGUUAGUCUGAAACUUUCAGAAAUCUUUAAGCUGGCAUCCUGCCGCCCUGUUUCUCCUUUUAUUACCCAGUAGUUCUCUCUUUCCCUGCCUAUCCCCUGGAUUGGUUGACUGACUAAAGGACUUGAUGUACAUACUCCUGCCCCCUUGACCCUAAGAAAGGUGGGACUUGCUCCUGGCUUCGCCUCUUCUUUGUGCCUUUGGCCUGGGAUGCAUCUCCCCCUUCCCUUCCAUGUGCCUUUCUUUGCCUCUGCAGUCUCACUCGUCAUGAUUUUGCAAAUUAUAUUUUGUUGCUUUUGUACCCACUGUUGGCCCUAACUAGCAGAAAGGAGAGGUGAGUCUGAGAAUGCCAGAUUCUCCUUUGGGAAUUAGCCUCUAAUUUCAGCCAUAGCAAACUCUUGCUCAGUUGUAUAUGGUCUUUACAAAGAUCUUAUUUUAAUGAAUUUCAAAAUGAGUUUGAAGGAAGGAGUUUUGAGUGGUGCAGCUCUUAAUCUCUAGUUGCCCAGAAUAUCAUUGUGUAGAACCCUAAAGGGGUUCUAGGGAAGUCAUGUCAUUUCCCCAUACUCUGCCUCGUACUGACUCCUUUCAAUUUAGUGUAUUUUAGCAUAUGUGACUAGAGAAAUCAUUUACCGUGCUGGAUAUAUCCUCGUUUCUCUUUAACCCCUCUCCGUAAUCUAAAUGGUCUGGUCAACACAACUGGAAAUCUUUAUCCUUCUCUCUUCCCCUUAGAGAUAGAGGCGAUGGGGUAGGAGAAAAAUACACAAUUCACUAUCAACAUUCCCCUUUCUCUAUACAUUAAAAACCCUGUGCACCCUUCUCUCCAGUUCCCAUUUCUUCCUACUCCUUUCCUGGCAAAAAGAAGCUUUUUCCUCUCUGUGGCCCUAUAAGCUACUGCACAGGGGAAAUUGCCCCCCCACCCCCAUCCAGACUGGCUCCAUUCUUGAUUUCUUAUGUUCUCCUCUGCUCUUUUCCUGGUGCUCUUUUUCUCGGUGGGGCGUGGGUAAUAGUGGGCUUUUGGGGACCUUUAACUUUUAUUUUCUUUGUUUAUAAAAACACUAAACAUUCAAUUCCAGAAAACCAAAAAUCCCACCUUCCCACCGAAUACUACUAAGGAGCUAGUCUUGCUCCAUACCUUUUCUGUUUUUCUUUCUCUUGUAAUGCUUUUAAAAACAAAUGAAUUUUUUUAUAUAAAUAAAGUUUUUAAAGUGUGUA